CCAUGACACAGCGUUGCUCUGGCAGGCUCUGGGGGCUCUCCUGAGUCCCGGCUCUGUGACCGGCUGGGACUACGUCAGCUGUGUAAAUAAAUGACGGGAUGCAGAAUUGUUGAGGCCAGGAAUACGGAAUCGGCCCUCAGCGAGCUGAAGCGGCAGUACGAGUCCGAAGUGUGUGAGCUGCAGCACAAGAUCCGGAAGAUGCAGAAGAUCGAGGAGCAAUAUAAGAAUAUCAGCCUGAAAGAUGAGGCCCCUGGACUGAAGAGGAAGAUUAGUAAAUUAACCCUGGAGAAUCAGCAGCUGAAGAAGGAACUGCUGGAAUCUCACACAAACAUCGCCUUUCUGCAGAGUGAACUCGACAGUUUGAAGAGCGACUACACUGAUCAAAGCCUAAACUGUGAAAGAGACGAAGCCUUGAUGAGAGGCUACACUGAUGAGAGGGAUAGCCUGGAGCGACAGAUUGAAAUCCUCCAGUCGGCAAACAGGAAGCUUCAUGACAGCAACGACGGGCUGAGGACCGCCCUGGAGAACAGCCUCAGCAAGUACAACCGCAGUCUGGUGCACAACACCUCACCGGGGAGCACCAUCUCCAGG